GUUACAAGCAGUAUGGCAGCCCCCAUGAGCAGUGUGGGUAAACCGUCGGCUGAACGUCCACCGUUCAAUACUACGAGUUUUCAGAAGAAAACGAGGAGCAAGUUAAUUUCCAUACCUGGUACCAGACCCUCCGUUCAAAAUGGACAACUGUUAGUUUCGACCGGUGUCACGUCACUCGACUAUCUGCUCGGUGGCGGGUUAGCAGUUGGAACAGUACUUCUCAUAGAGGAGGACCGAUAUGAUAGCUACUCUCGUAUGAUCUUAAAGUACUUCUUGGCAGAAGGAGUGGUGUGUCGACAUGAACUGUUUGUGGCGGCAGCUCAAGAUAACCCAGAUGACAUCCUACAGGAACUCCCGGCUCCCAUCUUGGACGAUGUUGCUAUCCACAAACCAGUGGAGCAGCCCAGGCUGUCAUGUGAACCUCAAGACAGUUUGGAUGCCAUGAAGAUUGCCUGGCGCUAUCAGAAUCUUCCAAAAGUACAGACUGCCCUGGCAUCCUCAUCCCGGUUCGGACACUAUUAUGACGUCUCCAAGACGAUGGAGCCAGAAAUUCGCCAGGCAGCCAAGUGCCACCGCUUCUACCUUCCAGAACAUCCCACCCAGUCAUCACCCACACACAGUACCAUGCUCGAGUCCUACUCUGCGUUGCUGAAGUCACUUCAAGAGGUCAUAAAGAGAGAGGGCUUUGAAGUAGCAGCCCCCAUGUCAAAGUCACGUAACAUCCUGCGAAUUGGGCUCCACUCUCUUGGCUCAGCUCUGUGGGGUGAUGACCUGUGUUGCCGUGACAACCCUAGAAAUGGCCACGCCCUCACUACCUUUCUCUAUGGACUGCGUGCUUUACUGAGGUCAUCGCUGUCAGUCGCAGUAGUUACUGUGCCUUCACAUCUCAUCCAGGACAGAGCUCUAAUGGGCAGCAUAACCAGGCUAUGUGACAAUGCCAUAGCCCUGGAAUCAUUCAAAGGCUCUGAGAGAGAGACCAACCCACUCUACAAAGAUUACCAUGGUCUACUACAUGUACGCCAAGUACCUCACCUAAACUGUCUGGCGAGUAAACUCCCUGACCACAAGGACCUGGCCUUCAAGCUAAAGAGAAAACAGUUCAGUAUUGAGAGACUUCAUUUGCCUCCAGACUUGUCUGAGACGGUGAGUCGUGUGAGCAGGGGGGAGCUGGCAGGAGCGACCGCGGUGGCUUCAGCCUGUGGCUCUGGCACUUCCGGCAACAAACACCUGGACUUCUAGAGCUCCCACACAGUCGCCACGGGCAGCCAACACCUGGAAUGCCGCGGCGUUGCCCUCUUUACCGUGGUGACCAGGUUGUUCCCUCUCCCACAUAAUGUCAACCUCGAUAACCCUGCCAGCCAUUACCACCUGCCAACUGUCCCAGCCAGGGGUGAAGAUCUAAACAUCCACAGUACCUCGUCUCUUAACGGACAAAUUUCAUCCUAUAUUUCAAGUCAGUUUUUACCCACAGUACACUCUGUUUUUCUCUGACAGCUGAUAUUUGCACAUUCCAAGUUCUGUAAUCAGAAGUUCGUUAAGCUUAAAUAAUUGGCCAAGAUUUUAUACCCACAGUUUGCUUUUUUCCCCCACUGUAAGUUGCAAAGAAAUGUUAUAUGAAGGUAAACGAUUGGCACUUAACCCAAUUAAAAUCCAAGAUGGAGGGGUUACGUAAGAUUUGGUACAUUUUGUUUGUUUUUUUGUUGUUCUUUAUCUCUGAGGAUUUCGAUUACAAGCGAAGUGUAAUCAUAAAAUAUUUUUUAGUCUUCACACACUCUUUCUUAUGGCAAACAUUAAAUAAUUUAACUGCAUUCUCCCAAGCUCUGAGCGUACUGUACAAACACAAGUGGCCACUCCUGACUAGUUUACCAUGUACAAUAGUGGUUUAUUUUCUUGGUUAUGUUUGAAAUGUUUUUUUGUUUAGAGAAAUAAAAGAAAAUAAACCCA